AUGGGCAUCUGUUCCAGUUGUCUCGGUUCAAAUCGGCGAGCUUCGCGCGAGGCGUCUGAGACCGAAGGCCUUCUGUAUGAAGACGCAACCCAGCCGCAGUAUGGCACCGUCACUGCUGGCGCGACUCUGCCAGAGCCCGAUCCGGAAGAAUUGAGAAGGGAACGCGAGAUCCUCGAGCGCAUCUGCGCCCAAACUUCGAAGUGCGCAUCUCAGCAGCUCCCGCUCAAGCGACGUGCUAAUACUUUGAGUAGCGAACUUAUCGAUGUCCUGCACCACGAGUCCAAACUUACCAGCGAUUACCCCGACCUCCUCAACAAACACUUUCCUCCCUCCUCCAGUGGCGCCUCUUCCCCUACAAGCACUGUCGUCGAUGAAGAUGCUUGGCUCGCUGCCACUCAAGGCUCCGAGCGAGAACUCUGGGGCGAGGUCAAGGGCCUCAAUCCUGGUGAACUUGUCCUCGAGCUCCACCCGCCGAACGCUAUAACAAAGUGA